AUGCUCAACCUACCAGAAGAGCUUCUUCACCUUGUUGCAGGAUAUCUCGCGUACAGUCUCACCUUCAUAGAGCGAGAACUUCCAGAAUUUCACUACAAAUAUGCAACCGAAGAAAUCCGUUCACUUUCCCUAGUGUGUCGCCGAAUGCGCCGAAUUUGUCUGCCAUUCCUUCUCGCAUUUGUGCGAAUUGAAUUUGAUUCAGGCAUAACCUGCUUCAGAGACCAAUGUUUAGCAAAUCCACGCUUUGCAGGGUCUAUAAAAGCACUUCACGUUAGCAGUAUUCACCUGAAAGGAUCUGACAUACUACGCCAACUACUUCCCCGUCUGCCUCGCCUCUCUUGGAUUCAUUUCGAGAGUUUCAAAAGUGACGUUUCGCUAUUCAUUGCCCUGCACUGCCGGGUUAACGUCAGAACAGUAGUCAUCGAGUCCGUACACCAUCUCACCUCGUCGGAUGCUUCCAAAGUCUUACUUCAUCGUGGCGAAAUAUACCAUCCUCACAAGAAGCUUUUGUGGGAGUCGCACCUGUCUCGCGGCAUGCAAGUUGCGCAGCUAACGAUACACCAGCCGCAUUUUCUUCACGAGGGUUUCCGCAGGUUCAGUGGCCUUCGAGAACUUGAUCUAAUCAUGGGCCGCCGCCCUGUUACCUUAUCCUGGCUUCCCGAGGUCACCUCUGCCCAUCCCCAGUUGCAGAAGAUCACGUUCCAGGACAGAUUCAAACACUAUUUUAGUCGUAAACUUACACUCCCAUUCAUUUCUGACUUUGUUGAACAAGUGUGUCGAGAGGAUGGCUUGAAUGAUGUAUUUGACCUUACGAGGCUCGUCGUAAGUCGAAAUACUCUCACUAAGCAAUCCUCAGAGCAAUGGCACGUUUCCGGAUUGAAGAUAGUAGUGCGAAGCUCGCUGGAUCGAAUUCUACCUAUCAUCAACUCUUCUUUUCCAAAGGUUUCAGUCUUGAGCCUUGAAUUUCAAGCUCAGGCUACGUAUCAUAUAGACAAUCUCAUUAACAUGCUUCGAAGAUUCCCAUCACUGAAAACAGUGGGCCUCCGCCAUGCGUUCAAUCACCUUCAUUAUGGGUGCAAGAAGCCAUGGACACAUCAAUGUGCAAUGGUCAUCAACCAGUCCAAGAAAACUCCCGCUGCCAUCAUGGUAGAAGCAGGAAUGUUCUGGUACACGACCUGCAUUGCCCAGGCUAUUUCAUCUGUGGAAGCUUUCUUUGUUUACGAGGAAGGUAUGAUUGGCUGUGAUGACUGGACUGCUGUCGGCUGGUAUACGGUGCAGAAUGUGCCCGAAAGUCGUGCUCGAUGUGUCAUUGGGGAGCUUGAUAGUCGAAAGGGAUUUUGUAAACGCUGUGAAAUCUGA